AUGUCGGUCUUCGUCGACGCCGCCAGCGGCAUCGGCGCGCUGCGCGCCAUCCGCGUGCUUCGUGUGCUGCGGCUGCUGACCGUGCUGCCCAACCUGCAGCGCUGCGUCCUGAUCCUCUCCAAAGUCGUCGUCGAGGCGGCGCCGUUCAUGCUGCUCGUCCUCUUCGUGUAUUAUGUCUUUGCACUCCUGGGCAUGCAGCUGUUCGGCGCCUCCUGCGGCCCCGACGAUCCCAAAGCGCCGACCUUUGGAUUCGACACCCUCUACGGGGCGCUGCUUGCGGUCUUCACGCUAUCCCUCAACGACAUGGCGGACUUGUUUGCCACCAUGUCGUGCUCCUCCGGCGGCGCGGCGGUAUACUUCAUCGUCGGGGAGUUUGCCGCGGUGUGCGGCAACCUCGUUCUGCUCAACCUCUUGGUCGGCCUCAUGUACAGCGUGUACGCAGAGGAGCACGAGCGCCUCGCGGCGCUGCCCGCCAAGCGCAACGCAUUCCUGGCCCGCCUGGCCUCGUUCACUGAGGUGCUCCGCCUGGAGCGGUGGGCCAGCGGGGCGCAGCAGCAGCAGCCGGGGGAUGGCGCCUCACCGCCCAGCCCGCCGGGCUCCGAUCCGGCUGGGCCCGCCGCGCCUGCGCCGCUGGGCGCGCAGGCCGUGCCGCCCGCGCCGGACGCGCCGGGCGUGCCGCGGGCGCCGCCUGCUGACAUCGAGGUUGUUGUCGCCGGCAGCAGCGGCGUUAGCGGCGGCAGCGGCAACAACGACGGCAGCGGCGGCGGGGGCAGUGAUUCGCGCUCUAAGCUUGGCGAGGCGUGCAGAUACGCCCGGCUGGGCUGUGACAGGGCGAAGGCUUUCGUGCUGCGCCUGCUGUUCGACCACCAGGGCUGGAAGGGCGCCGUUGGCGCGCCUCUGCGGGACUUCAACAACAAGUCAUUCUGGCUGCUCUCCCCCGACAGCCGGCUGCGGCAGCUUCUGUUUAUCAUCGUCGACGACCACCGCUUCGAGGCCUUUAUAUUGACCAUCAUCCUGGCCAACUGUGGCACCAUGGCCGUGGGGAACCCGGGCAACCCGCCGCGCCUGGCGGAGGUGCUGCGCAGCCUGGAGACCGCGUUUCUGGCCGUCUACACCGCAGAGAUGGUCGCAAAAAUGGCGGCCCUCGGCGCCGUCGCCGGGCCGCGCGCCUACUUCCGCAACCCCUGGUGCUGCCUCGACUUUGUCAUCGUCGCCGCCUCCAUCAUCGGGGAGGUCGUCGCGUCGCUGGGCUGGGUCAGCGUGCUGCGGGUGCUGCGCGUGCUGCGCGCGCUGAGACUGCUGAACCGCGUGCCGGAGAUCAAGGCCGUGUUCACGUGCCUGGGGUCUUCCGUGCUGAAGACGGGCAACAUGAUGGUGGUGGUGUUCGUCAUUAUGGUCAUCUUCGCCAUCGUGGGCAUGGAGCUAUUCAUGGGGAAGCUGGACGGCUGCGUCAGCACAGUCAGCGGCGACUUCGUCAAAACCUGCUGCGCCGAUCCCAAAAACCCAGCCACCUGCACCGCUGUCGUCGAGCGCUCCCAAUGCGCCGGCUUCGCCCCGCCGGCGGCCGGCGCGCGGGGUGACCCAGAGGCCUGUUACUGGGCGGUGCGGCCGUUCAACUUCAACAACAUUUGGCAGUCGCUCGUCACGCUCUCGGUCCUCAUCACGGGCAGCGCCUUCCCGGACGCCGCGUCGCUCGGCAUGAGCGCGGUCGGGGUGGGCCUGCAGCCGUCCCCGCAAGCGGCGCCGUGGGCGGGGCUUUACUACGUUGCGUUCGUCGCGGUGGGCUUCAUCUUCCUGCUGAACUUCGUGAUAUGCAUCAUCUUCGACAACUAUGCACGCGAGGCGCGGGAGAGGGGCCCCGGCCUGAUGCUCACCAACAAGCAGCGCGUGUGGGUGGACGCGCAGCGGCUGCUGCUGCGCACGGCGCGCGCCUCGAAGGCUCAGGUGCUCGUAGACCUCCCGCCGCUGCGGCGGCGGCUGGCGGCGGUGACGGGCCACGCGCUGUUCGGGACGGGCGUGAUGGCGUGUGUCCUUCUCAACACGCUCGCGAUGAUGCUGCAGCACUACGGCCAGUCGCGCGAGUGGGACGAGGCGCUGCAGACGGCGAGCACCGCCUUCACGGUCCUCUUCUGCUGUGAGAGCCUGCUCAAGCUGGGCGCCCAGGGGCUGCGCGGCUACUUCAGCAGCGGCUGGAACGUCCUCGACUUCUUGGUCUCUUGGGGCUCGGUCCCCAGCAUCUUCAUCACCGCCGGCCCGGCCGCCAACGUGCUGCGCACGCUGCGCAUCGCGCGCGUCCUGACGCUGAUGCGCCGCGUGGCCAGCGUGCGGCGGCUGAUGAUGACGGUGUACCUCUCGCUGCCCACGAUCGGCAACAUGCUGCUGCUCGUGCUGCUGGCGCUCUUCACGUUUGCCGUGCUGGGGGUCAACCUCUUCCACGGCAUCACGCACGCGGGGUUCGACUCGUUCCUCAACUGGAAUAACGUGGGCUCUGCCAUGAUGAUGCUGUCGCUGGUGGCCACCGGCGACUGGGACGGCUUCAUGCGCAGCACCGCGGUGGCGCCGCCCUUCUGCGACCCCUCAGUGCCUCACGCCUGUGGCAACCCUGUCCUUGCAGAGGUCUACUUCAUAGUCUUCACGCUGCUGCUCUUCGUCAUCUUCCUCAACAUCGUCAUCGGCGUCGUCGUCGAGGCCAUGGCCAUGGCCCAGGACCCCCCGGAAGUUCCCACCGCGAACUUGAAGCAGUACCUGCGGGAGUGGGGGAGGCUGGAUCCGCUGGGCAGGGGCUUCCUCGACAGCCAGCAGUUGGCGUCCUUGCUGACGAACGUCGACCCGCCGCUGGGCCUGCGGGGCACGCCCGUGGCCGCGGCGCCCGGCGAGUUCCUGUCGUCCCUGCCGGAGCUGGAGGUGGACGGCUGCGGCCUGGUGUACUACCAUGACGUCCUGCAGGUGCUCACCGCGCGCGCCGCCGGCCUGUCGCUGCUGGAUCUGUCUCCUGAGGUCCUGCAGGCGCUGAGGGAGCGCACCAACGCGAUCAAGCGGCAAUACUCGCGGCAGGGGCGCCGGCGGUGA